CCUGGCCAAAGAUGACUCCUCUGGUGAUGUGGCUUCUUUGUUACCCCUUAUCUGUUGCCACUCCUGUUAACUCGAGCCCUGACCCAGCCUGUUCCCUGCUGGGCAACUUUGAGCCCAAUUUCCACGCUGAUGGAGACUUCAUCAUUGGAGGACUUUUCCCCAUGCAUUAUAGAGUUGAGCCACCAGACCAGAACUUCACUUACAAACCAGCUGCUCCACGAUGUCAGGGAUUUGACCCCAGAUCUUUCCGCUGGGCACAGACCAUGAGGCUGGCUGUUGAGGAGAUCAACCAGAGUCAGGACCUGCUGCCUAAUGUCACUCUGGGAUACAAGAUAUAUGACUCAUGUGCAACCCACGUGGCAGCACAGCGGGCAGUGCUGGCUGUUCUAAAUGGACCAAGUGAAUUUCAUGCUGCUCUUUGUUUUGGUGCAUCUCCUCUCCUGGCUGUGGUUGGAGAUUCUGGGUCAUCUCAGUCAAUCGUUGUCUCGAGAACUCUACAGCCUUUCAGUAUCCCAAUGAUAAGUUAUUUUUCAACCUGUUCCUGUUUCAGUAACCGAAGAGAAUUCCCAACAUUUUUUAGAGUUGUUCCUAGUGAUGACUAUCAGGUGAAAGCCAUUGCUCAUCUUCUGCAAAAAUUUGGCUGGAUGUGGGUUGGGUUGGUCACUGAAGAUGAUGACUAUGCAAGAUUUGCUGUGCAGGGACUAUUGAAGGAAUUUAAAAACACAGGUGUGUGCUUAGCAUACCAUGAAAUAAUACCUAAAGUGUACAAUCAAAAAAGAGUACUUGAAAUCCUUGAUGUAAUGAAUCGCUCCACUGCAAGAGUGGUUAUCAGCUUUGCUGGUGAAGGGGAGCUCUAUCCCUUCUUUCAAGAAUACAUGGAUCAGAAUAUCACAGGGAUCCAGUGGAUUGCCAGUGAAGCCUGGGUAACAGCCUCACUAUUCACAGGCAGUGAGUUCUACCCAUUUCUAGGUGGCACCAUUGGGUUUGCCAUUCGGCAGGGAAAGGUUGCAGGUCUCAGAGACUACCUGAUGAGUGUGGACCCAUUGAGAUACCCCAGUAACCCCCUGGUACACGAGCUGUGGGGUGCCUUGUAUGGUUGCUCUCUCUACCCCUCCAGAAGCAGGACCCAGGCCUCCUCCCAGCUGCCCCCCUGUUCAGGGCUGGAGCCCCUGAAGGAGCACCAAUCUGCCUACCUGAACACCUCCAGCCCUCGUGUUUCCUACAAUGUGUACAAAGCUGUGUACGCCAUUGCUCACUCCCUGCACAACCUCAUCAGCUGUAAGCCUGGGAAAGGGCCCUUCCAUAACUCCUCAUGUGCUGAUGCCACAAACAUUCACCCAUGGCACCUCCAGCAGUAUCUUCAAGAGGUUUCUUUCACCAUUUCUGGAGAAGAAGUUGCCUUUGAUGUUAAGGGGGAUUCAAUUCCAUCAUAUGAUCUGAUCAAUUGGCAAAGAGGCACAGCUGGGAAGAUUGAGUUUAAGACCAUUGGACUGUAUGAUGGAGCACAGAAUGCUGGGAAGGAGCUCUUCAUCCAGGAUGCAAUCGUAUGGACAGGCCAUCAGACCGAGGCAAGCCACAAACAGUGUUGGUGUCUGUGUGCAGUGAGAGCUGUACUCCAGGAAGCCGGAAGGCUGUCCGUCGUGGGGAGCCUCUGUGCUGCUUUGACUGUGUACCAUGUGACGAUGGCAAGAUCAGUAAUAAGACAGAUUACUGGUCUAAUGCAGCCAGAACUGAAUGCAUACCCAAAGCGAUUGAUAUUCCUCUACCACAGGAACACUCCAAUUGUCAAAGUCAACAACUCAGAGCUGAGCUUCUUCAUCCUGCUCUCUCUGACUCUGUGUUUCCUGUGUGCGCUGGUGUUCAUUGGAGAGCCAACAUCAUGGUCCUGCAUGCUGCGCCAUACUGCCUUCAGCAUCACUUUCUCACUCUGCAUCUCCUGUAUCCUGGGGAAGACUCUGGUAGUGCUGGCUGCCUUUACAGCCACCAGGCCUGGAAACAACCUCAUGAAAUGGCUGGGACCUAAACAGCAGAGAUUUAUCAUCUCUGCCUGCACCUUUAUACAAGUGAUAAUCUGUGCAGUAUGGCUGAUCACUGCUCCCCCUUUCCCAAACAAAAACACCCAGUACCACCGGUCCAGAAUAAUCCUGGAGUGUAGUGUGGGUUCUGAACAGGCCUUCUGGUGUGUUCUGGGAUACAUUGGUCUCCUGGCUUCACUGUGUUUUAUUCUGGCCUUUCUGGCCAGGAAGUUGCCAGGCAAUUUUAAUGAGGCCAAAUACAUCACCUUCAGCAUGCUGAUCUUCUGUGCAGUGUGGCUCGCCUUUGUACCAGCUUAUGUCACCUCACCUGGAAAGUUCACUAAAGCUGCUCCUCAUUCAGCACUGCAGUGUGUGAGACUAGCCUGGCCGAAGAUGACUCCUCUGGUGAUGUGGCUUCUAUGUUACCCCUUAUUUGUUGCCACUCCUGUUAACUCGAGCCCUGACCCAGCCUGUUCCCUGCUGGGCAACUUUGAGCCCAAUUUCCACGCUGAUGGAGACUUCAUCAUUGGAGGACUUUUCCCCAUGCAUUACAGAGUUGAGCCACCAGACCAGAACUUCACUUACAAACCAGCUGCUCCACGAUGUCAGGGAUUUGACCCCAGAUCUUUCCGCUGGGCACAGACCAUGAGGCUGGCUGUUGAGGAGAUCAACCAGAGUCAGGACCUGCUGCCUAAUGUCACUCUGGGAUACAAGAUAUACGACUCAUGUGCAACCCACGUGGCAGCACAGCGGGCAGUGCUGGCUGUUCUAAAUGGACCAAGUGAAUUUCAUGCUGCUCUUUGUUUUGGUGCAUCUCCUCUCCUGGCUGUGGUUGGAGAUUCUGGGUCAUCUCAGUCCAUCGUUGUCUCGAGAACUCUACAGCCUUUCAGUAUCCCAAUGAUAAGUUAUUUUUCAACCUGUUCCUGUUUCAGUAACCGAAGAGAAUUCCCAACAUUUUUUAGAGUUGUUCCUAGUGAUGACUAUCAGGUGAAAGCCAUUGCUCAUCUUCUGCAAAAAUUUGGCUGGAUGUGGGUUGGGUUGGUCACUGAAGAUGAUGACUAUGCAAGAUUUGCUUUGCAGGGACUAUUGAAAGAAUUUAAAAACACAGGUGUGUGCUUAGCCUACCAUGAAAUAAUACCUAAAGUGUACAAUCAAAAAAGAGUACUUGAAAUCCUUGAUGUAAUGAAUCGCUCCACUGCAAGAGUGGUUAUCAGCUUUGCUGGUGAAGCGGAGCUCUAUCCCUUCUUUCAAGAAUACAUGGAUCAGAAUAUCACAGGGAUCCAGUGGAUUGCCAGUGAAGCCUGGGUAACAGCCUCACUAUUCACAGGCAGUGAGUUCUACCCAUUUCUAGGUGGCACCAUUGGGUUUGCCAUUCGGCAGGGAAAGGUUGCAGGUCUCAGAGACUACCUGAUGAGUGUGGACCCAUUGAGAUACCCCAGUAACCCCCUGGUACACGAGCUGUGGGGUGCCUUGUACGGUUGCUCUCUCUACUCUGCCAGCAGCAGGGCCUUGGCCUCCUCCCAGCUGCCCCCCUGUUCAGGGCUGGAGCCCCUGCAGGAGCAGCACUCUGCCUACCUGAACACCUCCAGCCCUCGUGUUUCCUACAAUGUGUACAAAGCUGUGUACGCCAUUGCUCACUCCCUGCACAACCUCAUCAGCUGUAAGCCUGGGAAACGGCUCUUCCAUAACUCCUCAUGUGCUGAUGCCACAAACAUUCACCCAUGGCAGCUCCAGCAGUAUCUUCAAGAGGUUUCUUUCACCAUUUCUGGAGAAGAAGUUGCCUUUGAUGUUAAGGGGGAUUCAAUUCCAUCAUAUGAUCUGAUCAAUUGGCAAAGAGGCACAGCUGGGAAGAUUGAGUUUAAGACCAUUGGACUGUAUGAUGGAGCACAGAAUGCUGGGAAGGAGCUCUUCAUCCAGGAUGCAAUCGUAUGGACAGGCCAUCAGACCGAGGUGUUGGUGUCUGUGUGCAGUGAGAGCUGUACUCCAGGAAGCCGGAAGGCUGUCCGUCGUGGGGAGCCUCUGUGCUGCUUUGACUGUGUACCAUGUGACGAUGGCAAGAUCAGUAAUAAGACAGAUUCAAUAGAUUGCACAUCUUGUCCUGAAGAUUACUGGUCCAAUGCAGCCAGAACUGAAUGCAUACCCAAAGUGAUUGAGUACCUCUCCUAUGAUUCAAUGGGACUGACCCUGACUGUGAUAGCUGUAGUCGGAGCCUGCCUCACCAUCGCUGUUCUGGCAGUAUUCCUCUACCACAGGAACACUCCGAUUGUCAAAGUCAACAACUCAGAGCUGAGCUUCUUCAUCCUGCUCUCUCUGACUCUGUGUUUCCUGUGUGCGCUGGUGUUCAUUGGAGAGCCUACAUCAUGGUCCUGCAUGCUGCGCCAUACUGCCUUCAGCAUCACUUUCUCACUCUGCAUCUCCUGUAUCCUGGGGAAGACUCUGGUAGUGCUGGCUGCCUUUACAGCCACCAGGCCUGGAAACAACCUCAUGAAAUGGCUGGGACCCAAACAGCAGAGAUUUAUCAUCUCUGCCUGCACCUUUAUACAAGUGAUAAUCUGUGCAGUAUGGCUGAUCACUGCUCCCCCUUUCCCAAACAAAAACACCCAGUACCACCGGUCCAGAAUAAUCCUGGAGUGUAGUGUGGGUUCUGAACAGGCCUUCUGGUGUGUUCUGGGAUACAUUGGUCUCCUGGCUUCACUGUGUUUUAUUCUGGCCUUUCUGGCCAGGAAGUUGCCAGGCAAUUUUAAUGAGGCGAAAUACAUCACCUUCAGCAUGCUGAUCUUCUGUGCAGUGUGGCUCACCUUUGUACCAGCUUAUGUCAGCUCACCAGGGAAAUUCACUGUAGCCGUGGAGAUAUUUGCAAUUCUAGCAUCUAGUUUUGGGCUACUGCUGUGUCUGUUUGCUCCGAAAUGCUACAUAAUUUUGCUGAAACCACAGAAAAAUACCAAGCAACAUCUGAUGGGAAGGUUAACUAACAAAUAAAACAAUUACAUUCCAUAUUUUGUGUAAUAUUUUUUUAAUUCUAUAGCUUUUU